AAUGUUAUAAAAAUAAUCAAAAUAAGUUAAAACAUAUUGACGCUGCAACUGAUAGUGAUCAUAGUGAGGAUUUCGAUAUUAAUAAACUAAGCUACGGAGUGUUCCAUCCAAGUUUCCUUAAUAACCCGGGAGAAUUUGAAAACGAUACAUCAAGGAAUUCGGAAAAAGUUAACUGGUCAAAAGAAAAAGAACAAAACUAUUAUCAGAAAAAAUAUGAUCCUGCAUAUAUAUUUAGUGACCAGUAUUACAAAGAUAUUAAUAAAAAUAUAGAUGAAAAUGGAAAACUGAAUUACAUAGAUGAAUUAUUAGAACGCGAUGAAGAAACGAACAUUGGUCAAAGUAUAUUAAACAAAAUUAUAGAAAAUGCAAAAAACAAAGAUACAGAACACAAUUAUAUAGAUAGGACGUUUUUAUAUAGACACGCUCAAAAUGUAAUGGACGAUAAAAAAUAUGAGGAGUAUAAAAAAAAAAUGAAGGAUGAACAUGGGUACUUAGAUAUUAACUGUCCUAAUUUAAGACAGAUUAUGAAUAUACAACCUAUAACUGGUAAAGAAGUAAUAGAUGACAGGGACGAGUUUAAAGAGAUCGAAGCAAAUAUGUUGGAAAAAUUUUAUAAACAAUCUGAAGAACAACAGAAAUACUACCAUUCGAACGGUAUACAUACGAGUAACUUGAAUAGUACAUUGAAUAUAGAAAAAAAAACAUUACUUCAUAACAGUAGUAGCAAUAUGAAUACUAAAUUAUUUACGGGAAAUAAUAAGACUGAGGAAGAUCAUAAUGAUGCAAAUAAAAGAGAGGAAAUGAUAAAAUAUAUGGAAAAAAUAAAAUUAGAAAAAGAAGCGUUUUAUAAUAGCAUACCAAAUAAAUGCAUGCCCGAAAAACUAUUGGAGCGUCAGUUUACUUUAAAUCAACAAUUUUUAUUAUCACAUCAUUUAUUUUCUGUGCAAUAUAAGGGUGAACAUGGAAUUUUAACUUAUCUACCUAAAACUGAAGAUGAUAAUUAUUUUUAUAGGAUAAUAGAACUAUGUCCUAGAUAUCAAUGUAAAUUAAAUGAGAUUUUAGAUGAAAAAAAAAGAGAUCCAAAGCUAAAUAAUACAAAAAAAUCUGCAGGUCAAAAUUCAACACAAAGUCCCUAUAUUAUUAUUAAAUGAGAAAGACAUUCAAAAAACUCUUCGUAUACCCAUGAGCUCAGGUUGGACUCAUUGUGGCUAUUUGGAGAAGUAUUAUAACGCUCUUUUUUUUAGAAAACGUAAAGGUUGAUUUCGUUG